AUGACACGCCUCGAGUGGGAUGGCAGCAGGGAUGAGGAGAGAAGGCCGUGCAAGAAAGGCCUGGUCGGACAUCGCCCAUCGUCUGUCACAAGACAUCUCUUCGCAUCCCGAGCACUCAGAACUGCGGGUAGCGGACAGCUUCCCACUGCCGACGGAAUCAAUGCGUCGCAUACCGGUUCCGGCUCCGGCGAUCGGCGCCCAAACAGAGACCUCUUUGCUGACCCCACCGCAUGCUUCCGGAUCGACUGGACAUGCGAGGAAGGGUUCCGACAGGCGGCAAAGAAAAAGAAACAGAAAGCUGCGGCGCCGACAUCCACCAACAACAAUAACAACAGCAACAGCAACGACGCCGGCGAUGGCUCGAAGAAGGAUGGCGGGGAGGAUGCAAACAAUGGCGGCGGCGGUGCUGGUGACGCCCCAGGCGGGGAUGCUGGCGGAUCCGGUGCUGGUGACGGAGGCGACGGAGGUGACGAUAAGAAGGAAGAUGAGACGAAAGAAGAGGUGAAGGAAGACAAAAAGGAGGAGAAGGAGGAGGAGAAGGAAGAGAAGAAGGAACCUGCCGAGGCAGAGCCCGCGGGCGACUUGGGUUUCACGUCUGUCAGCACCGGGAAGAAGAAGAAGAAAGCCAAGGCUGGCGCUGCUGCAGACCCUCCUGCUGCGCCAGAGCAGAAGACAACGACAGACUUUGGGCUGCCUGCGGUAGAGUCUGGAUCGGGGACCUUUGACGCUUUCCAGGAGAUCAAGUUGGACGAAACGCCAUCUCUCGACCUCAAAUUUGGCUCCACAGACCCGCCGAAAAAAUCAUCCCCGUUUGGCGGUUGGGGGGCGAGUUGGGCGACGGGCAGCCUCAGUUGGGGAUUUGGGAGCAGCAAGACCUCUACAGACGACAAGGCCAAAAGCGCAAUUGAGGACAACCCUUGGAGCAUCAACCGCGGCAAACCCAAAAAGACCAAGAGUCCAUUUUCCUUCGGCGCUCUCGACGACGUAGACGGAGACAAAGACAACCAAGACACAAAGCCGGCCGAGGACGAGUCGAAGGAAGGCAAGAACAAUGAUGAUGUGGACUCGGGGUUCUCUGCAGUGCCGGCGAAAAGCAAGAAGGGAGACACGGUCGCCCCUGAGGACUCAAAGGCUGAGGAGCCUUCGAACCCACGUGAGCCGGAUUCUAAGUCUGCAAAGGACGCUUGGAGCUUCUGGGGUGCCAAAAAGAACAAAAAGACCGCUGACAAAGAGCCGAAAGCUGAAGAAAACCCUGCGAAAAUCGUGCCUGAUCCUGAGCCUUCAGCUUCCCCAGAGCCAGCGAGUAAUCACGGAGCGGAUGAUCUCUGGGGCUGGGGUGCUGCCACCACCAAAAAGAGCAAGAAGAAAGGUAAGAAAGAAGUCGCUGACGAGCCUCCCAAGGAGCCGGAGCCAAAACCAGAACCUGAGCCUGUCGCUGAACCGGACCCGGACCCGGAGCCGGAGCCGGAAAAGAAAAUCGACGAGCACGUUUGGGGCGUCAGCACUUCCAAAAAGACCAAGAAAAAGGAUAAGCUGGAGGUCUCGGAGCCUUUGCCACCCAAGGAGCCGGAGCCGGAGGAGGAGCCGGAGCCACAGCCGGAAGCCGUGUCUGUUCAGAAGCCCGAGCGGAAGAACGACGAUAUCUGGGAAAUGACGACAUCGAAGAAAGAGAAGAAGAAGAAGGGCAAAAGCAAAGACCCGGAGCCGGAACCUACUCCUGAACCCGAGCCUGAGCCUGAGACAAAGCACGAGGACUUCUGGGGCGUCAGUACCUCAAAAAAGGACAAGAAGAAGAAGAAAGCCGACGCAGAGCCUGCGAAGGACCCUGAGCCUGAGCCUGAGCCCGAGCCCGAGCGUCCAUCCUCGCCCGCGCCGGGACCCGACCCUGAGCCGGAAACGAAGAAGGAUAAUGAUGUCUGGGGGUUCAGCACGAAGAAGGAGAAGAAGAAGAAGGCCAAGAAGAGCGAGCCGGAACCUGCGGCUGAGUCCGAGCCAGCGCCCGAACCAGUGACGCUGCCGGAAAAGGAGGUUGAGCCUGAGGCUGAUGCCGAAGCCAAGGGGGAGGAGGACACUUGGGGCUUGCCUGUCUCAAAAAAGGACAAGAAGAAGAAAAAACUCAAAGGCAAGGAUGCGGAUCCCGAGCCGAAACAGGAGGACGACUUUUGGGGCUCUUUCGGCGCCACCUCCAAGAAGGACAAAGGCAACAAAAAGGCGGCUACGGCUGAGGUCCCUCAAGCAGAUCCGGCUUCCGUGGGAGAGGAUGACAAGGACCUCAUUGAGCUCGACAAACCAGCUGAUUUGGACAACAACAGCGACUUCUUCAACUCCUGGAGCACCGGGAACAACCCAUCACAAGGCGGUGAAGAAACCAAGUCGCUGAAGCCAGAUACCAUUGAGGAGCCUGCGGCAGAUGAUGGUUGGGGCCUUACGUCUUCUAAGAAGAAGAAAAAGGGCAAAGACAGCGGCAAGAAUGACCCGGUGGAAAUCGCCGGCGAGACGGGUCUUGAGUCCCGGCAGCCAGAUUCAGUCGAAGAGGUCAAGGAAGAUGGACUUGAAGCGGACUGGGGCUGGGAUACCAGCUCUAAGAAGAAAGAAGCUACGACAGGGGAGGACGACAAGAAGUCUAAGAAGUCCAAGGACAAGGAGUCAAAGCUGAGCAAGAAGGAGCUUGAAAAGCUUGAGAAGGAGAAGAAAAAGGCCGAGCAAGAAGAGGAGGACCGCAAAGCUCAGGAGGCCGAGGAGCAGGCCAAGCUGGACGAAGAGGAACGACAGCGGCAAGAAGCGGAGGAGCAGCAGAAGAGAGAGGCCGAAGAACAAGCGGCCAGAGACGCAGAAGAUGCCGAGGCGGCCAGAGAGGAGAAGGAACUGGAAGCACUGAAGGCCAAGAAGGCCAAAAAGAAGAAGCUGACCAAGGCUGAUCAAGAGAAGUUCGACCGGCUCUCGGCAAGCAUCAAGAGGCGAGCGGAAGAGAAGGCUGCACGGGAAGCCGAGGACGCUGAGCGGGAGCGGCAACGGAGGGAGGAAGAGGAGUUAGCCGCCAGAGAGGCGGAGGAGAAGGCCCUCCGUGAGGCCGAGGAAGCGGCCGAACGGGAGCGUCAGGAGGCGGAAGCUGCCGAACGGGAACGACAGGAGGCAGAAGCUGCUGAGCGGGAACGGCAGGAGGCGGAAGCUGCGGAACGGGAACGGCAGGAGGCAGAAGCUGCCGAACGGGAACGGCAGGAGGCAGAAGCUGCCGAACGGGAACGGCAGGAGGCAGAAGCUGCCGAGGCGGCGGCGGCGGCGGCGAAGGCAGAGGCAAAGGCAGAGGAAGAGGCAGCAGCAUCGGCAAAAAAGUCUAAGAAGACCAAGACCAAGAGCAAGGAGAAGGAAAAGGAGAAGGAGAAGGAAGAGAAGGAGAAGGAGAAGGAGAAGGAAAAGGAGAAGAAGAAGGAAAAGGAGAAGGAGAAGAAGGAGAAGAAGGAGAAGGAGAAGGAAAAGGAAAAGGAGAAGGAGAAGGAGAAGGAGAAGAAAGGGGAAGAGGAAAAGGAGAAGGAAGCCGGGGGUGAGGAUGACGAAUUCAAGGAUGUCAACCUCACGGCCGAGGAGAUCGAGGAGUUGUUGGCUGACGACUCCAAGGACAAGGCGGAGGAGAAGCAGCCGACGUCAACUUCGAAGGAGGGACGUCCGGCUGACGAUCCCUUCAGCUUCUGGGGGGCCGCCAAGAAGUCCAGCUCCCAGAAGCACAAGCUGAGCUCCUGGCUUCCAGAGCCGGACGGCCCUCCCCAGGCAGCAGCCCCGGAAAUUGCGCCUGCUGAGUCAUCUCCUAUUCUGGAAGCUGCUACCGUCGGCGCAAUUGGCGCGGUGGCCACCUCGGUGUGGCAGGACCCCUCACCGACUGCCCAAAAAGCCAAGUCCAUGAAGUCCAAGAAGGCCAUCGGCGGCAAGAUCGCGGACCGCUUGCGCGCCUUCCAGGCGAUUGACGACCAAGGCGACGACGACGACGACGCGCCAAUCGAGCCGCUGGCUCCGCCCCCGCCCCCGCCACCGCCGCCCGCCCCCGUCGCGGCGCCCGUCACGCCACCGAGCGAAGAGAAAAAGAAGGGCAGCUCCAAGAAGAGUAAGAGCAAAAAUAAGGAAGCGGUUGCCGACAUCGACGCCUUCGCAUCCAUCCCGCCACCUCCGCCGCCCAACGUCGGCUUGCCCGGCAGCUUUCCCCUGAGCGAGGAGGAACAUCAAAACAGCGAUUCCGCCGGCCAUGAUGAGAUAGCCGAGGCCGUCGAUAUGUCGCCCCCGAAGAAGAGCAGCAAGACACCGAAAAAAGCGCGGGCAUCUCCCGACGUUGUCGAUAUCCCUCCGCCUCCCCCUCCUGUGCCGAGCCCGCCCCCGGCCGUGCCAGAUCCGCCGCCGGCGAUGAUGACCCCGGCCGCCGUCCGUUCGUCGAAAAAAGAGAGACCCAAAAUCAACCGUGAGGGUCCAUCUUGGGGCACCUGGACUACGACCACUCCAACCAAAGAUGCCAAGAAGCCUUCAUCCAAGUCUAAACCGGAGAAAGAGGCGAGUUCCAGGAAGAAAUCCUCCGCGGCGGAGAAGGAAGUGAAGCCUGAGAACACCUCGCCAAGGGGUUCCGGCUCCGAAAAUGUCGAAAGAUCUAAAGCAAAAGAUUCGCCAGCACGAUUUGCCAGCGUCUUCACAAGUACGCCGCCUCUUUCCCGUUCGGUGUCCACCCGUGAGAAGCGCAUAAGCACCGGCGGAAAGUCAAGCUCGCGCAGGCACUCAGUUGACAUAAACGGCGGCCUCAUGAGCCCCCCUCCCGAGGAGAUGGCAGCGAAGGCAGCAAAGGUUCUUGGUGUUGGUGCUGGUCUUGGUCUGUCAAGGUCCGCCAGCAGGCGAAGCAAGAAAGGUGAGGACGAUGCCGCCCCUGAUGGAAAGCCGCUCUCUAAUCCCGCUGCAGCCGAUGAUGACGACGACGACAUUGUAAUGGUUGGUGCGGCCGACACCGCGCCCGGCCCUGGUAAAAUGGAGCGUCGAAGGUCAAGGGUAAGUUCUUCCCUCUUUCGGGGCUCGGAUCAUUGGUGGCAAUAUCCUCGCGAAGAUGAUGUUGUUAUGGUCGAUGUUGCCGAUGCGACACCCUCGCGGCCGCCCCCGAAGCGUUCCAACUCGACCACCAAGAAACCUUCAGGCUUUUCGUCUCUAUUUAGCGGCGUCUUCGGCACUCCAAAGCCAGAUUCCCGUUCGGAACCUCGAGAGCCGCGCUCAGAGCCGCGCCGUCGGGCCACCUAUGCGACAACAGAUGACGAGGCCGGGCGGCGGGUGGACGAGACAGAUGCUGAGCGCGAAGCGCGGCGUGCCGCUCGUCGUGCCCGUCGCGCCGAAAAGGAAGCCGCAGAGCGUGCCGCUGCAGAGAGGGCCGCCGAGGAGGCCCGCCGUGCCAAGGACGAGGCUCGGCGUGAGCGGCGCAGGAAGCAGGAGGAGGAAGAGGAAGCACGGCGGCAGCAGGAGAAGGAGGCUCGUCGCGCUGAGAGACGGGCACAACGCGCACGCGAAGAGGCCGAACGGCUCGCUGCUGAGCGGAGAGAAGCAGAACGAGCCGAGCGACGAAGGCGGCGCGCCGAGGUCGAGGCCGCCGAGGCCGAGGCCGAGGCGCGGCGUGCUGCCAAGCACCAUGAGCGUCGUCGCAGCUAUCACCUCGAUGACGCGGGCCGAGAAGAAGAGGAGGAGCGUCGCCGUCGCCGAGAAGCCCGGCGCGCAGCAAGGGAGGAGAAGGAACGCGAGGAGAGAUCUUCGCGGAGGAGGAGCGAGAUGGCCAACGGCGAGUUCUAUCCCCGAACGUCUCGCGAGAACACAGCUGGUUCGUGGCCGCACUCGGGCACGUCAUCUUGGGUUAAGGAGCACUCAGAUGCGCCCCCGCCUCCGGAGGAGAAUGGCGUGGAUGCGGUGCAACCCCCACCCCCGGACGUUGACGAUGUCGAUGAGGAAGAGGCCCGUCGCGAAGCCCGCCGGGCUAGACGCCAGGCGAAAUAUGCGGAAGCCAUGGGCAUGACGCCGGAGGGAUACGACGAGGACAGACGCCGGAGGCGGCGCCGUGAAGAGAGGGAACGCGAGAGGGAGAGGGAGCGCGAGAAGCAUCGUGAGAGGGACAGGGAUAGGGAGAAAGAUCGGCGCCCCGCUUCCGACGGGAGUGACGGCCGGCGCGACAGCCGCCGGAAUUCUGGCAUGUUUAUGGAUACUACCCCGCGGAGCUCCUGGUGGAAGAGGCUCACGAGGGGCUGAUGAGCAAUGAUGAUGACGAAGUUGAUGGUUGCAUGGAUGAUGUUGGGCUUGGCUAAUGAGCAAUGAUGAUGACAGGGUUGAUGAUAGCAUGGAUGUUGUUUGGCUUGGCUGAUGAGCAAUGAUGGAUGACGGAGCUGAUGGUAGCAUAGAUGAUGUUGGGCUUGAUGUUGGUCAGCCGCGUUAGUUGCGGAUUUUUGUUGUCAGUGUUGAAAGUUCCCUCCUCUCAUCUCAUGCGGCUGCACAUAGCGGAUGGAGGAGCAUCUGUCGGUUAUAGUCCCCUGGUAUCCCCUUGCACCGCAACGGCGUCCGGUCAGGCAC